AGCAGACGAAAAACUGUUAUUGCAUGAUAUCUAGAAACUAUCAGAGUUAUGGAAAUUAUAUUUUUGGAAAAAACCCCAGAUGGAUCUCAUUUCAUGAUCGAUUGCGGAGAAGGCUCCCAAAUACAAUGCAUGAAAAGUACAGUAAAACCCGGUAGAAUAUCCAAAAUUUUCAUAACUCAUUUGCAUGGUGAUCAUUGCUAUGGUUUGUCCGGUUUCCUUUCAACUAUGAGUCAACACGACAAAAAAUCACAAACAGAAAAUGAGAUAAAACGUGUUGUUGAAAUUUAUGGACCCGUUGGAUUAAGGGCAAUGUUAAGAAUCUCAUUGAGUCUUUCACAAAGUCAACUAGGAUUUGAUUUUGUUGUACAUGAAUUAAUUCCAGAUUCUUGGCAAAAAAAGGUAAAUAUUUAA